AUGCUGAUCCUCUUGCUCGCCGCAAGCGUUGUCGCCGCCUCCGCACCGCUUUAUGUUCACUCAACCUCUCUAGAGGCAGUAUCGCCCGUCAUCCACUACUCUCCUCGCCCGGUCUGGGUCGACGCGCUUCGCAUCGCUUAUACCCAGGGUGCCAACUCUUCGGAGAACGAUCGCGCCAACCCACCGAUCAUCAGCCCAGGCGUCAGGAUACCGCUUCCCCCGCUCAGAGACGAGGCCCUGCAGCCGUAUCGCCAAGCAGGAUGGAUGGGUGUGGAUCGGUACAGAGAUGGCUGGCGUGGCCUUCUCUAUUGGCACGGUUUCGCCACUGAAGCCAAGGGAGAUAGAUUCACGCUCCAUCUUCCGGCCGGCACCUACCGGAUGGAGGUAUCAGGCGAGACCGAAGGGGCACAGGUGGAUGUCGACUACGACGGGAUCCAGUUGAGUUCGCGCGACUUUGACCUCACGCCGACCGUGACCGGUCGGUGGUUGACAGUGAGGAGUCCUCUCAAUGGCUCGGGGGUGCAAAAACUCUCGGUUACGCUUCGCGAGGGGCGAAUGAAUGUUACUUCGGUCGAGCUCGAGGGCACUCGCUUUGGCUACCCAGACGGAUCGUACUGGAAAGCCUUAUUGGAGGCGCGGGGGUCCGACAACGUCACCAGGACAGGUGUAUGGACCAACUCCACGCGAUAUCAAUUUGAAUCCCACCUUAAUCGCGAGACGAGCGAAGAGGGUGCUACAAUGUCCCUCACUCUUCAUCCGAACUCAUCGUGGGUCAACCUCAGCGGAUAUUCGAACGGGACCUAUACCGUCCGCUGCGAUCCGCCUCCGCCCUACGACCUUGGCACCACGUACACGGGGUAUCAUGGACGCGCGGAAGGCACAUUGUACCACGGCCCGCUCGACCCGGCGCAGCAGUACACUCUCCAUGUGACAAACUGGGACGGUACGUUGGGCCUUAUCCCAUUCUACACGUUCCAGUACGGUUACCGCCCACAGGGCACCUCCCACCUUCGUCUCGCGCUGGGACUCGGCCUCGGGUUGGGUUUGCCCCUCCUAAUCGCGGUUGCAUUGUGUGUUUUCUUCUAUGCCAGGAAGAAGAGAAGGGGGCAGCGAGCGGAGAAGGCGCGCAUGGAGAAGGCCGCGGUCGAGUUCGCCAUCCGCCAGCCCGAGGUAAAAGACAACGACGACGUCAACGACGCCCAGCCGUCUCCCGAUUGCGUGGUGUGUCUCAGCGAACCGCCAGAGUAUGCCGCGGUCGAGUGCGGCCACUUCUGCAUGUGCGCAGCGUGCUCCGCCCGCAUUGUGGCUGGACAGAAAACGUGUCCCGUAUGCAGCAAGCCCAUCCUCUUGCCGCUAAUGCGCAUCUACUGUCCAUAGUUGGGAUUGGUCAUCAGGUGUGUUCGCCCUGGCUGUGUUAAUAUCGGUUGUGUGGCAGCGAGAGAGGCACUCCCGCCCGUUCCUCAGGGCUCGACAGUAGUGCCUGAUAACCUUGAUUGUAAGCUUGAAAUGCGUUGGAAUGAAUGGGAUGCAGCCUUGAAC